GCCUGCGGUCCCAAUUCGCCUUCUUUCUUCUGUAGGGUUUCUCUUCUUUUCCUCCACCUCCACACCCGUCCUGCCCGAUCUCUUUUCACCCCCUUUUCCUAGGGUUUGCAUCCACCGAUCUGCCUCUCCGUAGAGUAAUUGGAAGCGAUGUACAACGGGAUCGGGCUUCAGACCCCGCGGGGAUCGGGCACCAAUGGCUACAUCCAAUCGAACAAGUUCUUCGUGAAGCCCCGGCAGCCCCCCGCCCGCUUCGACGCUGCCUCCGCCUCCGGCUCCGAGCCUGAGGGUGCCGUGCGCAAGCCCAACAAGGACAUCCUCGAGCACGACCGCAAGCGCCAGAUCCAGUUGAAGCUCCUGGUUCUCGAGGAGACCCUCGCCGACCAGGGGUAUACUGAGGCCGAGAUCUCCGAGAAGCUUGAGGAGGCCAAGAAGACCAUCGAGGCCGAAGCCGCUGCGGCCGCUGCUGCUGAGGAUGGUAGCGGUGGUCGUCGCAAGGAUCGUCCUCCUCUUCCAAACAGGAGAUUUGCGGAUACAAAAACUCAUCAUAUUGCUGCUCGAAAGGAGAAACAAUUGGAAACACUGCGGGAAGCUCUUGGCAUUAAAAGUGAGAAGAAAUCACCUGAACAUGAACUAAUUGAGCAGGACGAGGAGGAAGACUUAGAGCCAGGAGAGUUUGUUGAUGACAAACAUCAAGAAGAGAAAAUGGAUCUGAAGGGUGUUGAGAAACAACGAGAUAAAUAUGAAGACAGACAGUGGGAGAGUAACAAAGAAAAACAGAUGGUUGAAAUAAAGAAUGAAAGCAGGAAAUCACGUACUGCUGUGCCAAAGCACCAAGAAAGAGGUAUUGGUAAGGGAAAAUAUCAGGAUAGUUCUGACAGUGAAAGUUACAGAAAAAAUGAUGACGAGGAAAGGAUGAAGCAUCGAAAAAGUACUCAACGAGAUAAUUCUAAAGAUGUUGAUGCUGUAAGGAGCAGCAAGAAGGCAAAAAGCAUUAAAAAUGAAGAAUCUGAUUAUUCUGAUUCUGACAGUGAUUCGGAUGGGGGCAUUGCUCGAAGACAGACAGAAAAAAACAUAAAAAAUAAUAGGAGGCAUGACUCGGGUUCGGAUUCUGAAAGUGAACCUGACAGGAAGAAACCUAUUAGAGGACGAGCAAAAAGCAGAAGGCAUGAUUCUGAGGAUUCAGAUUCAGAAACUGAUUCGGAAAGGAAACACAAAAUGGAGAGGGAAAGACAACGCAAACAUGUUUCUGUUACUGCAAGCAGAAAGAAAGAAAACAUCGACUAUCAGAAGCAUGAAACAAGAAGUCGGAGGCGUGAUUCUGAGGACUUAGAAGAUGAUAUUGACGAUGAAAAGAGCAGCAGGGUAAAGAUGGAGAAAUAUGUAAAAUCUAGCAGAAGGGACAAGAUGCCUGAUUCAGACACAGAGAGUGAAAAGAUAAAUACUAAAUACAGAAAACAGAUGGAAAGUAGAAGACAUGACUCUAAUGAUUCAGGUUAUGAUACUGAUGUCAACAUCAACAAGAAAAGACUAAGUGUAGUGAAACAAGGUGAAAGUUCCAAAAGGCAUAUCGAUGAUACUUCUGAUUCUGAUAGCAGAGAGAAAGAUACUACUGAGAGAAAGAUAGCAGAGAGGAAGUCAUAUGUUGCUCAUCAUGAUAAAUCAAGAAAGCUUUCUGAAAGGAAAGUAGAGAAUAAUAGUAGAAAGAAGCAGCAGAACGACACAGAUGAUGAAAGUUCUGGGACUGAUAGUGGCAUGGACAAUACUGGCAGAAACUUAUCUGCUACUCGACAUGGUAAAUCAAUAAAGAAUUAUGUGGGAAAAGCAGAAAAUGAUAAUAGAAAGAAGCAACGACAUGACACAGAUGAGAGUUCUGAGACCGAUAGUGGUACAGAUGAUAGUCACAGAAGGAUGAAGAAACGUAGAGAAUUUAGAAGGAAUCAGGAUUCAGUAUCUGAUGACAGUGAAAGUCAGAGUUCUGAGUCCAGCAGUGACACAUAUUCUGAUGAUAGCAGUGAUGACAGCCAGGAAAAAGACCGUCACAGAAAAACAUACAAAGAUUAUAGUAGGAAAGUGGAGCACAAGAAUGUAAACCAGCAGAAAUCUCUUGUAGAUGAACAAAUGACCCAGUUUACAAGUGCCAGACAGGAUACUGGUGGAAGAAGUCGAGAUGGCCAUCGAACUGGUGAUAGCAAUACUAAGAAAGAACACUUGAAUGCUUCAGAGAGAAAUGUGACGAGUGACAGAUUUGAGCCAAAGCGAGAAAGCAAGGAUUUUGAUGACUAUGGCAGACAGGACGCAAGAAAACGAAAAGCUGAUGAUGACCUUGCUUCUGAAGUCCGUAAUUCAAAGUUCAGGACUUGUUUAGCAGAAGAUGAGAGAAGGAAGGAGACGAAGAGAAGGAACGAUAGGGACUACGAGGAUAGGAAGAGGGAAGAAGACCAAGUUGUGAAGAAUCUUGAUGUCAAACAAGCAAAAGAAUUUGUAGAUGAGUAUGGGAGCCGAAGGUAUAAUGAAAACAAGCAGUACCGUAAUGAUAUUAAAAGAGGGAAAGAUGAAGAUAAACGUCAGCACCCUGAGGACGCUGACCGGCAUCGCCAUACUGAAGAUUCUGGCCAGCGUCGCCAUACGGAGGAUUCUGGCCAGCGCCGCCACACUGAAGAUUCUGACCGACGUCGCCACACAGAAGAUUCUGACCGGCGCCACCACACAGAAGAUUCUGACCGACGCCGCCACACUGAAGAUUCUGACCGGCGCCGCCACACUGAAGAUUCUGACCGGCACCGCCACACUGAAGAUUCUGAUCGGCAUCGCCACAUCGAAGAUUCUGGUCGGCGUCGCCACACUGAAGAUGCAGACCGCCAUCGUCAUGCUGAAGAUGCUAGCUGGCAUCACCAAGUUGAACGUGCAGACAGACGUCACCAUACUGAAGAUGGAGGCCGUCCUAGACGAUGAUGAGGGUGACUGGGCGCUUAAAUAUGGUCAUCCUGAGGCUUGUUAUAUGUUGUUGAUCUGAAGCGAAAGAAAUGUGCUUUGCUUCCUGUUGCCGCUACGAACCAUUAUCAACAAAGCCAAGUCAAAUUGCUCGACCUGUAGUUGAAGCUGUGGCUUGAUGCAUGUAGUUGCUUUGAAGACUUCCAUAAUAACAUUGGUUAUAUGCUUGGUGUAGCCAUCUGCCUGUUUGACUGUAGCUAGAACCGGUCUACUAUGAUAGUUUUUCAUAUACAGAUGCUCGUGUUUGCAUCCUCC